CUAUCAAUCCUUAUAAAGGUGAUGGAUAAGAGCAAUUUCAAGAUAACAACCCAUGAUGAGAUUGAUAUUGCACUCUCCGCACAAUAUCGUUUAAAUCUUCCAAUUGUAGUUGAUGAAUCUAAGGUCGACAAAAGGCUUUUUGAAAGGUAUUUUGAAAAGCAUUCUCGAGACAACCUUCCUCACUUUGCUCAUAAGUACAUAAUCUUCCGUCGAGGCUUUGGAAUUGAUCAUAUGACCGCUUUCUUUGUUAACGCAAAAAUAAACACAAUCAUUGCACGUGUUUGGAGAUGUUUUAUGACAAUGACCGGGUUAAAGAGAAUUUUCUCGGGGAAGCGUAAACAGGAUGCAGUACAGCCAAUUGAACUCAAAAUUGAUGAUGCAGAUCAUCAAGAUGGCCUAUAUGUUGAACGAAUUCGUAUUGAGAAGUUGAAACUCAGGUUCUAGGCGGUACACUUGAUAAUGUAACUGAUGCAUGGCAAUCUAUGGUAAAAAUUUAAGGCAUGGCAUGUCAAAUAUAUGUCAUUUAUGUCAAGAAGAUUUGGGAGACGUACGCAUACCCGGACAUAAAUAAAAUAUGAAUGAACGU